AUGUCUGGCCGAAUUCUUGUCGAGUUUCAGGAACUCUUGAAGGAGCCGAAUCUCGUGAAGGAGCUGAAUGUCUUGAAGGUGCCGAGAUUUACGCGAUAUCUUGACUCCCUGAAACCCCAGACAAGCAUUGUUCAGCGGACCCCGAACUGUCCGCCGGCGCUCGUUUCUCUCACCCCAGCAAGAUGUGCUACCACUGCUGUCACCCCUGACAGCUCACCAGUUCCCCUGGCUGAGCCCGUAUACACGCCACCGACAACGGGCAUCCUUUCUGUUCUGCCAAAGUCAUGGGUCCCCUACGCAGAGCUCAUCCGUAUCGACAAGCCAACCGGCACCUACUACCUCUUCUUCCCCUGCCUCUUCUCAACCCUCAUGGCCGCACCGAUGGCCAUGCCCAUGGCCAGCCCCCUGUCCGUCCUGGGAACAACCUUCCUCUUCUUCUCCGGCGCUCUCAUCAUGCGCGGCGCCGGCUGUACCAUCAACGACCUGUGGGACCGCAACCUCGACCCCCACGUCACUCGCACGCGCUUCCGCCCCAUCGCCCGCCGCGCUGUCACGCCUUUCAACGCUCUCGUCUUCACCGGUGCCCAGCUGUUCGCGGGUCUCGGCAUCCUCCUCUCCUUCCCGCUACAGUGCCUCUACUACGGCGUCCCGAGCCUCCUCUUCGUCGCCUCGUACCCCCUCGCCAAGCGCGUCACCUACUACCCUCAAGCCGUCCUCGGCCUGACCUUCUCCUGGGGCGCCAUCAUGGGCUUCCCCGCCCUCGGCGUCGACCUGCUCGCCAACAGCGCGGCGCUGACGGCCGCCGCCUGCCUCUACUCGUCCAACAUUGCCUGGACGGUGCUGUACGACAUGAUCUACGCCCACAUGGACAUCAAGGACGACGCCAAGGCGGGCAUCAAGAGCAUCGCCCUCAAGCACGACGCCGACACGAAAAAGGUCCUCACGGGCCUGGCCGCUGUCCAGAUUGGCCUGCUCGGCGCCGCAGGCGUUGCGGCCGGCGCUGGCCCUGCCUUCUUCGUCGGCAGCUGCGGCGGCGCGCUCGUGACGCUCGGCAUCAUGAUCAAGCGCGUCAACCUCAAGAGCGUCAAGGACUGCUGGUGGUGGUUCGUCAACGGCUGCUGGAUCACCGGCGGCGUCAUCAGCAUGGGCCUCGGCAUGGACUACGCUGUGCGGUACGCCGCUGACGACGAAGACAACAAGGCGAUUGUGCAAUAG